AUGGCCAAAAGUUUAGUAAGAGCCCUCACUGAUUGCUGAAUGUCUCCUUUCUUUGACUUUUUCUCUCCUGCCUCAAUCAAAUCUAGGUUCACUGUGGAGUCUUUGUGUGAUGGUCACUGGCACCAUGUAUCUCUGGGUGUCUCCCAGCUCUGGCUGGAGGUUUAUGUGGACUGUUCUCUAGUAGAGAGGGUGAACUGGGCCUAUCCUUGGCAGGGCAUCUCCACUGAUGGUGUGCUGAUGAUCGGAGGCAGCCUGGAGGGCUUUGAGAUGCCAUUUGAAGGUGCCGUGAGACAGAUGACCUUUGUGAUGGGGGAUUCAGAUGCUGCCAGACACCACUGUACUCUCCAUCAGCCUGUCUGCAACAUACCAACCUCCAAUGCACUCUGGAACAUGCAUCCUGGCACCAGGCCCCAGCAGUCGUCUAUCAGUACAGAGGGAUCUGCAGAUAAGGAGUCCAUACAUCUGGAUCACCUGUCAGAGAGAGACCCUAUAGACUCCACCCGUCAAGAUGCUGCCACCCAAAGUCAUGGCUUUGAACUUGUUGAUGAACCUCACAUCAUGUUGGCCACUAACAAUGAAGACAGAAGAGCUCAUGGCAUUGAAUCCAUUCCAAGCAUCCAAAUGUUAGAUGAAAAUAUAAUCCAAAAAAGUGCAGCAGACACAGCAGUGUAUGUUGUAGCGGAUGUAACUUCACCUGAUUCACUGACACAAAUGGAGAUAUCCAAUGUCACUUUACCGAUGGAUGAGAACAUGUUACCAUCAGUGGUGUCAAAGGGACACUGGGAGACGAACAGCUAUUACCCUCUUUUAAGAAACAAGGAAGAGCAGCAUUCCAGUCUGAAGCACAUGGAUUCACUGCCAUCUGUACCUGCAACAGGAACAGGGAACAUCGUCUAUGGAUCUGACCAGAGAAUGUACCGAAUCUACAAAGGUGCUCCUGGUCCAACUGGACCACAGGGAAGAAGAGGAUGUGCUGGGAGAGAAGGCUUUAUUGGAUUUAAAGGUGACAAGGGCUCUCAAGGUAUUCCAGGCCUGGAUGGAAGAAGAGGGCAUCCAGGGCCUUCAGGACCUCCAGGACUUCCCACUCUCUACCUAUGGAGGAACACUGAGGAGGACUGGGCUGCUUUCAGGACAUCAGCCUUCUACCAGAUGCUCAGAGCUGGCUGGCCAGUGAAGCCUGGCCCACCUGGACCCAUUGGUGAAAUGGGCAAACCUGGCCCUCCAGGUAUUCCUGGAAAUCCAGGAACAAGAGGGAUACCAGGACAGAGAGGAGACAUGGGUUACCUUGGGCCAAAGGGCGCCCCCGGCAAGACAGGGAGGUGGGGCAGGAGUGGCAGCCAGGGACUGGAUGGACAUCGUGGGUCACCAGGACUACCAGGGCUGCGGGGGCCCAGAGGAUUUAAAGGAGAAGGGGCUUCACCAGGGGAGAAAGGUGAUCAGGGUUUCCCCGGUGGGCCUGGACCAAGUGGAGACAGAGGAAGGGCUGGAGAAAAGGGAUAUAAAGGGGAACCAGGAGAAGAUGGACCUGUUGGCCCUCCUGGUUCAUUAGGUAAAAGAGGCAUUCAGGGGUUCCCUGGACCACCAGGGCCAAAGGGAGACUCUGGACAAGAAGGAGAAAAGGGUCCUCCAGGACCAGGGGGUGCAGCAGGGGCAACAGGCGGUUUAGGACCACCCGGACUGAAUGGAUCAGAUGGGGAUCGAGGUCCAACUGGUCCACGAGGUCGUAAAGGCCCUCCGGGGCUGCCAGGAUUAGCAGGAGAGACAGGCUCACCUGGACCUCACGGGACUCAGGGUCAGCGAGGUGAUGAUGGCCCUCCUGGUCCAAAAGGGGAUAUUGGUGAAAUAGGGCCCAUGGGUCCAAAAGGAUCACCUGGCAUUGAAGGGCCCAUGGGGAUGUCUGGAGGCCCUGGUCCAAGAGGAUUUCCAGGUGGCGCAGGCUUCAGAGGACUGGAUGGUGACAAAGGAGACACUGGACCCAAAGGAGACAGAGGCCCACCAGGUGCUGCAGGGAUCCACGGUCCUCAGGGAGAGACGGGUGAACGUGGCACCUCAGGUCUUCCAGGGGUGAGAGGUCAACCUGGGCCCAGAGGAAAACAGGGUGAAGAUGGGGAGGCUGGUAGUGCUGGAGUGGUUGGGAAACAGGGGCCAAAGGGCAGCAGAGGCACCCCAGGAAAAAAUGGAAAGUUAGGACCCAGAGGACUAAAGGGUCGCACAGGACUCCAGGGCCCCUUUGGUCUGCCUGGCAUGCCGGGUUUUAGAGGCAGAGUUGGGAUUGAGGGACCAGAAGGAAAGCCUGGUACACAGGGCGCUCCUGGUUCUGUUGGCUCUCCUGGCCCUAAAGGAGAUAGAGGGGCUCCAGGUGUGGCUGGUGAUACAGGGCAGGCAGGUUCUCCAGGAGCUCUGGGCCCCUCGGGAAAGCCAGGCCUAGAUGGGAUCCCUGGACCAGCUGGUCAGAGAGGCUUUAUGGGGAAACCAGGGUUGAUGGGCCCCCAAGGACCAGUGGGAAUGUAUGGUUACUCUGGAUCAGUGGGUCUGACUGGGAGACCAGGCCACAUGGGGCAAAGAGGAGAUGCUGGUGUCAGAGGGCCUCCUGGCAUCCAUGGAAAGACUGGACCUCCAGGUCUGCAGGGCCCUGCUGGUGGUAGAGGGACACAGGGACCACAGGGCCGUCAAGGAGAGCUGGGGCCCAAAGGCGUCCAGGGACUGCCAGGCCCUCCGGGCCAGCCAGGACCAAAAGGCAGUAUGGGGAGCCAGGGUCCUCCAGGGAGUCAGGGGCCUCCAGGACCACUGGGGCCAGCUGGACCUAGAGGGUUUCCAGGCCCACCAGGUGUGAUUGGACUGAUGGGUCAGGCUGGAGAGAAAGGAGAUCAGGGAGCAGUGGGUCCUGCUGGUGAUAUUGGUGCUCCAGGUCUGGGUGGGCAGCAGGGUCCUCAUGGGCCUGCUGGUGAAGAAGGGAUUCCUGGAACAAAAGGUGACCAGGGAGCUCCGGGCCCCCAGGGACAACUGGGACUCAAGGGACUGAAUGGAAAGCCAGGACCUCAGGGCUCCCACGGGCUGCAGGGUGAGCCUGGGCAGAGGGGCAAAGAGGGAGAAGUUGGAGAGCCUGGAGUUCCUGGGGAUCCAGGUGCUAAAGGAGCAAAGGGAGAUAAGGGAAAUCGUGGCCUCUUCGGAUCAGAGGGCCUUCCAGGAGUCCAAGGCACACAAGGACGAAGAGGGUCAAAAGGAGAAAAGGGUUAUGCUGGCUUAAUGGGUCAAGGGGGCCUGAUGGGGAAGAUUGGACCAUUAGGUUUAUUAGGACUACAGGGUUUUCCAGGUAUUUUUGGGAUUCCAGGAUCUGACGGGCCGCCAGGACAGAAGGGGGACAAAGGUCCUGCUGGUUUGACUGGGGAGCCGGGAACUCGAGGCCCAAAGGGGGUGGCAGGAAGCCCAGGUGUGAAAGGUGACAUGGGAAAGCCUGGACUAGUGGGGUCUGCAGGAGUCGCAGGAAAACCAGGUGAUCCUGGUUCAAAGGGCUUUUCUGGAGUUGAGGGUUUGAGAGGAGAGCCUGGGCAGAAAGGGGAGCCAGGAGAAGUGGGUCUUGAUGGCCUGCCAGGAAGUAAAGGACAUCCAGGAUUACCAGGACCAGAGGGUGUGGAGGGGGAGAUGGGACAUCAGGGUCCUGUUGGCCCUCCAGGACCUCAGGGACCAAAAGGUAGACCUGGGCUGGAGGGAAGGAAUGGACAAAUUGGUCGAAAGGGAGAUGAUGGCAAAAGGGGACGUCCAGGGAAGGAUGGACACAUUGGAAAGAGGGGAAAAAGAGGGAAAGCUGGAAGUAGAGGCACAAGAGGAAGGCAAGGAGAGAAGGGAAAGAUGGGAGAUUUUGGUGCAUUUGGUCCUCCAGGGAGACUCGGCACAUUUGGUGAAUCUGGUCCACGUGGAGAAAAAGGUGAAAUGGGCAGAUCCGGUUUAAAGGGAGAACCUGGGGCUAUGGGACCACCUGGCCCUCCUGGUAGAGAUGGGUUAAAGGGAAUGCAGGGCUCUACUGGGGAGCCUGGAAGAGCUGGUCAAAAGGGAGAGCAGGGGGAUAUUGGUCAACCAGGUAGAGGAGGUGCUCCAGGCCUGCCUGGGCUACCUGGGUUGUUUGGGAAGAAGGGCCUCAAAGGAUAUGCUGGACUACCAGGCCCUAUUGGAGAGAAAGGCUUACCUGGUCCACCUGGCCCACCUGGACCCCAAGGAACCUCCCUGAACCUCACACUAACUCAGCUGAAGGAGCUCAUGUAUAUGUCAGACAAGCCCAACUACAUCCUGGUCCAGACUUUGUUGGACUCCCUGCAGAGAGAUCUUCACUGGUUCAUAAACCCACCAGAUGGCACUAAACAUCACCCAGCUACUACAUGUCUUGAGCUGUGGCUCGCUCACCCCAACUCCACUAAUGGGAUGUAUUACAUCGAUCCUAACCAGGGGAACCCAGCUGAUGCUUUUCAAGUGUACUGUGACUUCACAGCAGAGCCAAAGACCUGCCUGUCUCCACUCCAGCCUCAGGUUCCAGUCAAAGCUUGGCUGAAGGAUUCUGGCACCAAUAUGUCAUUUCACUGGUUGAGCACAGUUGAAGACGGCUUCCAGUUUGAGUAUCCAGGAGGAACAGAUGUGGUGCAGAUGAGAUUUCUGCGACUCAGCAGCAGAUUCUCCAGUCAGACCAUCACUUAUUCCUGUCAGCAGGGAACAAGACAGGGCAGCAUAGAGAGGGAAGUUAAGUUCCUGGCUGACACUCGGAGGCAGAGUUACCUGGGGGCACUGCGAGACUGUGUGCUGUCAGAGCAGCUUGAGUCGGCAGCCCAGGAAUCAAUUUUUCAAUUUGAAAGCGAAGAUCUCCAACUGCUGCCUCUCAGGGACCUGGCAGUGUUCGGAAACAAAGAUGUAACGCAGGAGUUUGGCUUCACCGUAGGACCAGCAUGCUUCAGCUAAGGAUGCCCCCUGUCUCUUAGCAUGGCUGCAUUUGUGUGGUCGUCUGCAGCUACAACAAUCUGAACAGGCAAACCAUGUAUUUCUGGCACUUUUGUACUGUCUUUUAUAGCUAUUUCUGAUUUGGCAUUGCAUUCUAGUUCACAGUUGUCCAACAUUUUUGCAAUUGGGCUGACUAGCCAUUUCAUCCUGGAUUUUUUGAGCAAUGUUUGUAUUGGGAAGUCUGGGUCGAAAAUUGACCAAGCACAAUCUUUUUCACUAUUAAUGAGGACAAAAGGCACAAAGUGAGCUGAAGAUCCUUCUGGAGAAAGUUUCUGAAGGUUUCCUCUGCAUAGACUGACUGUUGACUCACCCACCUUUAAGACCAGGGAUAUUUUGAUUAACUAUAUUUUGUACAUUUUGUUUGUGUGUUUUUGAAACGUGCUUAUUUAUAUAAAUGCUCAACAUUCAUUUAGUCAUUUCAAUUUUGAUUCAGGUAUGUUUUUACUUG